GCGGAACCGUGCCGGUUGGUGGGUGGCCGUGUGCGCAGGCGCGGCGGUAGGGAGCGAAGAUGGCGUCCGGGGGUUACAGGCUCAGCUGCUCGUUGCCCGGACACGAAAUGGACGUGAGGGGCCUGGCGGCCACCCUGUACCCCGAGAGCGCUUUCGUGUCCGUGUCCAGAGACCGCACCGCUCGGCUCUGGGUACCCAACAGUUCAAGCAAAGGUUUUACAGAUAUGCACUGUAUGAAUGGGCACUCAAAUUUUGUGUCAUGUGUAUGCGUCAUAGCACCCAAUGACACAUACCCUCGGGGACAAAUUGUAACAGGAGGCAACGAUAAUAACAUUUGUGUCUUCACACUGGAUAGCCAAACUCCGCUGUACAUUCUUGAAGGACAUAAGAAUACUGUCUGCAGUCUUUCAUCUGGAAAAUUUGGUACAUUGCUUAGUGGAUCUUGGGAUACUACAUCAAAAGUCUGGCUAAAUGAUAAAUGUCUGAUGACAUUGCAGGGUCAUACAGCAGCAGUGUGGGCAGUAAGGAUACUACCCGAACAAGGUUUCAUGCUGACAGGAUCUGCUGACAAAACGAUUAAACUGUGGAAAGCAGGCAGAUGUGAACGCACUUAUACUGGUCAUAAAGAUUGUGUUAGAGGACUGGCCAUUUUGAACGAUUUAGAGUUCCUGUCUUGCAGUAAUGAUGCCACUAUUCGCCGAUGGGAAAUCUCCGGCGAGUGUUCACAGGUUUACUAUGGACAUACCAACUAUAUCUAUUCCAUAUCAGUCUUCCCUAAUGGAGAGGAUUUUGUUUCUACGGGAGAAGAUCGAUCCUUGAGAAUUUGGAAAAAGGGUGAAUGUGCUCAAACCAUCAGGCUGCCAACUCAAUCUGUUUGGUGCUGCUGUGUGCUGGACAAUCGUGACAUAGUUAUAGGUUCAAGUGAUGGUAUAAUAAGAGUUUUCACAGAAGCUGACGAGCGGGUAGCCAGUGCAGAAGAGAUCCAGACUUUUGAAAAUGAGUUGUCUAGUGCAACUAUUGAUCCUAAAGCUGGAGAUUUGGGGGAUAUAAACAUCAAUGAACUUCCAGGAAAAGAGCAUCUUGAUGAGCCUGGUACAAGGGAAGGUCAGACACGACUAAUCAGAGUUCAAGACAAUGUCCAUGCCUAUCAGUGGAGUGUUGUUGAUGGACGAUGGAUGAAGAUUGGGGAUGUAGUGGGUUCAUCAGGAGCAACACAGAAGACAUCUGGCAAAGUCCUUUAUGAAGGCAAAGAAUAUGAUUAUGUCUUUACCAUUGAUGUUAAUGAGGCUGGACCUUCCUUGAAACUGCCUUACAAUAUUAGUGAUGAUCCAUGGCUUGUUGCCCAUAACUUCCUGGAAAAAAAUGACUUGAGCCCCAUGUUUCUAGAUCAGGUUGCCAACUUUAUUAUUGAGAAUACGAAAGGGCAGACACUGGGACAAACAGGCACAGGGUUUUCAGACCCUUUCACAGGUUCCGGUCGUUACAUACCCGGAAGUGGGUUAAGCCCUGGAGGCCCACGUGGUGUGGAUCCAUUUACGGGAUCUGGUCGAUAUGUUCCUGGCUCUUCUGGCUUGGUCCCUUCUGCAGGAGGUGAUCCUUUUACAGGAGGAAAUGCUUAUGUUUCUGCUGAUGGACAAGCACAACCCAGUAAUCCUUACUUUCCCAAAAAAGAUCCUGUCAUAUUUGGACAGGGAAACGUAACCCAGAUAAUGGGAAAGGUAAUGGAACUGAAUGAAAACACAUUAGCUGAACAAAAGUUGUCUUCAGAUGAUCUGCAAAUGCUUGAGAAGUUACUUUCCAUCAUAUCUAAUCCUUCAACUCUUGAGACUCCUACUACACAGCAGUUGGAUGUUUUAUGGAAAGCUGCCCAGUGGCCUGAAGAUAUUUUGUUUCCUGUACUGGAUAUUCUUCGUCUAGCUGUGAAACACCCAGCAGUAAAUGAGCACUUCUGCAGUGAAAACUACAGGACACAGUUCAGCAACUACCUCUUAAACAAAAUAAACCUGCAGGGAAAACCAGCAAAUCAAAUGCUUAUUCUCCGAACUGUCUGCAACUGUUUUGCUAGCGGGUCGCAUGGUUCAAAGCUCAUGAUGUCCUUAAGGGAAACGGUACUUUCUCAAGCAAUUGAAAUGAGAGGAGCUAGCAACAAGAACAUUCACAUUGCACUGGCUACUUUGAUACUAAAUUAUGCAGUAAUUCUGCAUGCAGGAAAUGAUAUUGAAGGUAAAGCACAUUGUUUAUCUAUUAUCAGCACUGCCAUGGAAGUCCUCCAAGAUCCCGAAGCUAUUUUCAGAGCUCUUGUGGCCCUUGGGACAAUUAUAAGCCAUGAUCCUAGUGCUUUGCAAUUGGCUCAAUCUCUGGGAGUUGUUUCACAGAUCCGAAAGUAUUCUUCCAUUUCAGAUCCAUCUAAAGUUGGUGAUUGCUGUAGGUUUGUUCUGAAUAUGCUGUAAUUACCCACUAUUGCAACAAGAGCUUUUCACAUGAUACAGUUAAAUGAUAUCAGUUUUGAUGGCAUUGUUCUGUAAUAUCCUGACAUAAGUAUGGUAAAGCAAAAAAAUCUUGGAGUGUUUGAUUCUCAUAGUGGAACUUGCAGAAAAAACACUAGGAUAUAUAAAUAAAAUAAUAAAUGUUUUGCACAUUUGUUGAUUGUGUUUCAA